CGCAUCUGACGGCCACCGUCGACGACGACGAUACGACAGAACCAGUACCCAGUACCAGCAGAGGCUGAACAAUCGGGUACCUGUUUCGCUAUUCUCUCGACCGUUUUAUCCGUAACGACCAAAAUAACGAGUUGUCUCGCCGUGUACGCGCCCCGCGCGAGUGCGUCGAUACUCAGUGCGACUAGUGCAGUAGUAGUGCGUCCGCGUCCGUCCGCCCGUUCGUUCGUUCGCCGGAUCGAUGAUUUUUUUUUGAUUAGACGACGCGAGUGGAAAUUUUCGUUUAUUGAUAUUUAUCGUUACAUUUCAACUUGGACGAUAGUAGUAGUCGUCACGACUUGACGUAUGCGUGUGCCAGUAGUGUUCCGUUUUCGCUUCCCCGAUAACAGCGGCUCCGCUGCGUGCGGGCCCAUCGGGAUUUCCGACGUCCGUCAAAUCACACGAUUAGCAUAAUGUCGAGCGGAAGCAGUGGCGGAAAGUCGGCUUCUGUCGGCGGCGAGGGCGUAAAGCCGGGCGUGGGAUCGGCGUUCGUGCCGGUCAUGCCGUCCAGCGGAUCGUUCUACGGGCACCCGUCGAUCGCGUCGCUACAACAGCCGUCGCCGUCGUCGGCCGACUUUUUCGCCGCGUCCAUGAUGGCCAACAAGCACAAGGCCCUCCACCAGCACCACCACUUGUCGUCGCUUCAGCAACAGCAACAGCCGUCGCCAGGCAUGUACGUGCCAAAACACAAAUCACAACAACAGCAACAGCAGCAGCAACAGCCGCCGUCGGCCAACGCAGCUGCCGCGGCCGCGGCGGCCGUUUCGCUGCUCCACCAGCAACAGCAGAACGAACUGAUGGCCAUGGCAUUGGACAAAAACAAGGUGUUGCAGGCGGUCAUGCACCAGCGGGGCUAUGCUCACCCGUUCCUGCUUAACCCCGGCGGCCAGUACGGCGGUCAGCCGCAUUCGUCGCUGUUCGGAGGUCCGGCCACGGGUGCCGGACCUGGAGCGUUCGGCUCAGUGGCCUCCCGACCACGGACCUCAGCUGUGGGUACUGGUGCGAGCGGCAUCGGCCGAGCAUCCCGUCCCAAAAAACAGUUCAUAUGCCGGUUCUGCAAUCGGCAGUUCACCAAAAGUUACAACCUGUUGAUACACGAGCGGACGCACACGGACGAAAGGCCGUACUCGUGUGACAUUUGCAAAAAAGCGUUCCGGAGACAGGACCAUUUGCGCGAUCACAAGUACAUCCAUUCCAAGGAGAAACCGUUCAAGUGCACGGAAUGUGGCAAAGGCUUCUGUCAGUCGCGCACGCUGGCAGUGCACAAGAUACUGCACCUGGAAGAGUCGCCGCACAAGUGUCCGGUGUGCAAACGCAGCUUCAACCAGCGCAGCAAUCUCAAGACGCAUCUACUCACGCACACCGACCACAAGCCAUACGAGUGUUACUCGUGCAACAAAGUAUUUCGGCGAAACUGCGACCUGCGCCGGCACACGCUCACGCACGCGGUCGGCGACGCGCCCGCUACCAGUGCGUUGGGCGGCAGUGGUGCUGCCACCUCGUCGUCUGCGUCGUCCGCGGGCGCGGUCGUGCCUCGAUCGGCAGCAGACGACGAAGACUACCUCGACGACGACGAGGACGAGGACGAGGACGAAUUGUGCUCGAUGCUGCAGACCCCGUCCGAUCGGGGUCGUAACCGUCGUCGUGGCGGUGAAGACGACGACAACUGCGGUGGCGAGGACGGGGACGAUGACGAAGACGUGGACGUGGACGAAGAGGAUGUGGCCGCAGCCGCGGUCGGCGCCCCGUCGGAACCGUCCGCGCCAGUUACCGCUGCAGCCGCCACCACCGCCGCCGCCGCUACCACUUCGGCCUGCUCGUCGAGUGCCGCCGAAACCGCCACGGUCGCAAAACAGGAACCGUCGGCGUCGUCUUCGACGGUCGCGGACGCGGAUUCCGCUACCGCGGCUGCCGCUGACGACGAAGAAGAGGAGGAAGAACCCGGACAGAUUUCGCUGUUCCGGAAGGCGACCGUCACCAGAGCCGUCGUGCACGAAACAAAGUGCCACGACGAGUCGUCCGCGUACACCAUGCGCCCGUCGUCCAGCUACUAUCACCACCACAACCGUUACCAACAGCAGCAGCAAUCGCACAGCCACCAUCAACCGCAACCGCUCCAUCUAUUCCUACAGCCGCCACUCCUACACCACCAGCAAGUCCAGCAGCACCACCACGCCAUGUUGAACGUGAGGAGAGACUUGCACGAUCGGUCGACGAGAAUGGUGAUGCCGGUACCGCCGUCCCCGCAGGCGCCGCUUCCUUCGCCGCAGCCACCGGCAUACCAGCCGCUUCAGUUCCAGCCGGCGUCUGGUUCGUCGGUCGUCGCCGUGCCGCCACCGACGCCGCAACAGCCGCCGCCGACUCAUCAGAGCAACGAAAGACCGGCCCCUCCCAAGCGCAAAGGGUUCAGCAUCGACGAACUGAUGAGUUAACGCGCGUCGAACAUUCGGUGUCGCGGUCGUCGGCUCAAUUCGCCAGUCGCGCACGGUCCGAUAAGACAGUAUUCAAUGUACAUAAUAUAGAUUACGUUUAAGUUAUAGAUGUCGAGUGUGCGCAUUGUUCACGUCACUUGAAUCAUUCGCAGUACCAGUGAAAGCAUUUAAAACAAACGUCCGCUGAUCGGGACCGGAUUUUGAAGGGUCGCGACAGUAUUUUACGUGAUUCAAUAUUUAAAUCUUAAAACGAUAUUGCCGUCCAGAUUUUAUUUAUUAUUAUAAUAUAAUAUAUUAGUUAUGAAAAUAUAAAUUAUAUAUAGGUACAUAUAGUGUAUAAUAUGUAUUUUUUUACCAGAUAUAGUGUAACGUUAUGUGCGAAAUAAGCUUUUUAUUUUUAGUUAGGUACGUGAAACAAAAAUAUUUUAAUUAAAAAUUGUUAACAAAUUGUAGAUAGCAUAUAUAUAAUUACUUUGUUUUAGUGAUCUCAAUAUACACCUUAUUAUUUCGACAACCAACCCUGUUCUGAAUUAGUUUUAGGUUCGAAGUCCAAAUGUUCUAUCGUUUUUAAUAUUAUAAUCAAAUAUACCUAAAAACUUAAUCAUAUAAUAUUAUAUUUUACGCGUUUGUAUAUUUUAUUAUUAUUUCUAUUAUGUAUUACUAUUAUCUUUAAACAUAGGUACGUCCCUACUUUUGUAAACAACUUUCAUUAUAUAGACUGUUAAAGUUUAAGAUUAUUUUUGCAUUUUAUGGUUAAAAUAUUUAAUAUAUUAUUAUGUUUUUUUAUUGAUAGAAAGAAUGUAACGUUUUUAUUAUUUAUAUUAUAAAGAGUUCCAAAUGGUUCCGCGUUCGAAUUUGUCGGAAUCGCUGUUUUAAUUGUUUGGCAAUAAAUAGAUUUUUAAAUCAUUAUUUAAUUAUUUUUAUUAUUAUAUUAGACGAUUUAGAUUAAUAUGAAAUUAUUGUUUAUUCUUAA